AGGUUUCCGUGUACCCUCUUAAAAUGCGCAAGUAUACGUAACAACUGGAGCUGUGGCGCAACACAAAUAUUUACAGAAAAUAAACGUGUAAUCUUUACCUGUAAUAACGUCUUCACCACUGAGGAAAUUUGAAGGACUUGUCACUCUUAACUUUUAGUCAAAUAACAGACACAUUUAAUUAAGAACCGUUCCUGAGACCCUGGAUAAAAGUUGGGCAUCAGAGCGGCAACGACGUCAAGCCUCUGUAGUUGAAGGCCACGCUGUGCGCAGUACCAAAAGAAAUUGCGCACACGUCAGCGCUAGUGGAUGUGCUGGACGCUCGCUAAAGCGCGUUUCUACCUGGAGGAAACUGUAACUGUCUGCGCCACAGACCAAGUAAGUCUGUAAAAGGGACAUUAAGAGCUGACAGCGCGCUUUUCUGUGUCCUUUACGCGCAAAGACGCACGGCUGAGCUCCCACUCGUGAUGAAUUGUGUGUUUUUGCUUAUACGGUGAAAUUGAGUUCUUUAUUUGGUCAGAGUGCUUUUCGUUGUCUGCAUAUAUUAUAGCCUACUGCUGCUGCUGCUGCUUCUCCUCAUCCUCAGCCUCCGCUCGGCUCCACGGCUGCAGCCUGAGACGUCACCAAGCUUCAUUGUGCGUGCGCUCUCAAUUACGUGCACAAACAGACACACAUGUCUCAGUCAGUGUAAUUGGAAAUGACCAGAUAUUUAUGGAUACUUCCUUUACGCACGCAGUACACGAGCCCACCAAAUAGAGCCACAUGCGCAGCAAAACGAACAAAACAAAGACCACAGGCAUCAUUUUCUUUUAUGUAAAACACAAACGGCGUUUUCCGUUUCUGUCUGAUACUGUCGGUGUCGUGAGUUUUAGGUAAUAGCCUAAAUAAACUUAUGCCGUUUUGAGUUUGGGGGUUCUCAGUAUACCCACUACAAUAACUUAGACUACACUGCCCCCGAUGGUCUCUGACAGUCAGACCGUCUCUGACUGUCUACAGGUGACUACAAGUGGACAGAGACACACAUGUAGGACCAAUCUAACAGACAGAGUCACUUGACUUCCUUAUUCCUGCUACCAUCCAAUAAAACUAAAGAAGGGGCAGGCCUGCACUCCGAAUAUCACCGAAAACAAGUGAAAGAGAAAGUAAAAAUCUGUCAGGGAAGUUCGGCUAUACCAUUACACCGCACUUUAUCCAACAGCACGGGCAUGUUUCCUCAUAUUAGUUGAUUAAAUUUGAAAAUUAUCAGCAAUUCAGGAAGAGAAAAAGACAAAAGGCGUCUGAAAGUUCACCUGAGGUCACUAGCGCAGUUAAAGAUGUCGCGCGGGUCAAACGCAGGUUUCGACCGACACAUCACCAUCUUCUCUCCGGAGGGCCGCCUCUACCAAGUCGGUAAGAGACGCCGUUGGAGUCCGGGAGUGCUGAUACAGGCCUAAAAAAGCUUCAGCCAACAGCCAGAACUACAAAUACAGACGAUACUUUGAAUGACUUUGUUAUGAUUUUGUAGCUAAAGCUGUAAACCAUACCGGUUAUGUUGGUUGAAUGCAGUUAGCAUCGGCAUGAGCAUGAGCUCCUCUUUUAAACGCAGAUUGACCCUCAGAUCAAUACAUUUAACCACCAGUGUAAAGUCAAUAGCAACUCUGUACAUGAUUUUUUUCUUUGUUUAAAGGUUAGACACCGUUUCUCAUCCUCAAUAACUUUACUGCAGUUAUACACUUCAGCUCUUCAGACUCGUACGCUAAAUUUGUGCAGCAAAAGCAGCAGGAUGGCUGGUCAAAAACAGCCAAAAAGUAGCUGAAAAGCUGAUGAAGCCAUACCAAUUCAGUGCCAACAUUCAAGAUGAGCUUCUAAAACUUCUGUCAGAACACACUCGGGGUCAAGCAGUUGUUCAACAGCUAAUACUUGAUAAUACUUAUAAUUACAGAACUGUUUCUUGUUAAUGUGCAUUUAAUUCAUUCAUUUUACCCUAAACAUAAAAUGUCUGAAUACACAUCUGCACUGCUGUAAUGCUGGAAAACAAAUUUUAUGUUUCACCUCAUUCUGUCUGUAUCACAUGUUCAUUUUUUGCAGAGUAUGCUUUCAAAGCUGUCACCCAGAGUGGGCUGACAUCCGUUGGGGUCCGUGGGAUUGACUGUGCCGUGGUGAUCACACAAAAGAAAAUACCUGUGGGUGAAAUAAAGCAGAAACACACAGACUUUCACUGGGAUGAUAGUAAUCCGAGUGCAAGCGGAGUAUUGAAGCCAAACCAGAGUCUUGACUCCAGCUUUAUGCUGACCUGACUGUCAGCUAAACGAACAGGAUACUGUUAUAAAGACGCAAACACUCACAUUACCAAACCAAACACUGCUUAUGCUGGUAAACUGUAACUAUAUCAGCUUUAAAGAGUGCAAAACAGAGGUCAUCAUGUUCUUUUCAUUUACAUCAUCAGCUCUGAAAAUAUAAUAGUACAACAUAUUAACUUGUUUGAAAUCAUAGGGGAUGAACUGUGUGUGUUAAUUCAGCAUUAAUCCAACAUUUGGUCUUUCCAAUCAUCAGUAUUAAAAAGAAGGUUCAUCUCAUAAUCAGUGCUGUCUAACAUCUGGGCCACUAUGGUGUCUGUCAGUCUGUUACAUAUUACUAAUACAUAAGUAUUAAAUAUAUUGUAUAGUAUCAUAUACAGCAGUAUCAUACAGGGUUGUAUUGUGUAUCAUAAGUCAUCCUGUGAUUCCCUACCUUUGUUAUUUCCAGGUGUCCAAACAGGGAUGAGAUGGUCUCAGUAGCUUUAAUUUUAUUUUUGUGACAAUUAAAAUAAAAAAAGAUGAGAAAAAAAGACAAGAACAUCUGACUUUUAUCUGAAAAACUCAUUGUAUUUAUUGUUUUAUUUCCCAAAAUAAUAUAACACUCGACAUUUACAGAGUUAAAAGUCUUAAUUUGCACUUUGUAUAGUUGCAGAGAAGUUUGUUUUCACAGUUACUUCAUUUGUUUAUUAACUUCAAUAUGACCCGGGCAUCCUUUCUCUAUCUGCAGGACAAGCUGCUGGACUCUUCCACUGUUACCAACAUGUUCAAACUCACUCCUCGCAUCGGCUGUGUGAUGACCGGAAGUAACGGUAUUUAUCUACUGUGGUACUAAUAAGGAGAGGUUUUAAUACAGGUGUUUUUUUUUUUUGGGUGGGAGACUGAAGUUCUUCCUCUUGACUGUGAUUACAUUAUGUUUAACUUUGAUGUAUUGCAGAAGAGGCUCAAGACUCACCUUGUAAACCAGGCUUUUUACUCAUUUCUUUCUAUAUUUCUCUUAUUGCAAAUGUUCAUUUUAAUCAAAGUUCUUAUUGCUUAUUUUAUGUCAUUUUAUUAAUUAUCUCUGUUCUUAGUCUUUUUUCUUAAUUCCCGUUAUAGGUUUUUACUUCUUUUACCCCUUUUUUAUAUGGUAAAGAGCUUUUACUUAUCUGUUCAUCUAAUAUUAUUUUCUUGUUUUAGUCCAUCAGGUUUUAGUCUUUCUUUUCAUCAUUUUAUCUCUAUUUUGUUAUCUCCAGUGUUUCCCAGAGGUAGCUCUUUCCUCACGUAAUGUCUCGGUGUCAGGCCAUGUCUCUCUAGCAAAAGAUCUUAAAUACUCACACUGUGUGCAGUUGCUUGUGUGUAUGUGUGGGUGAGUGAGGGUGGGUGUGCGCCUUUGUGUGUGCGUGUGGGUCCAUGGGUGUGUGUGUGGGAGGGUUGGGUUUUAUUGUCGUUAUUGUUGUUUUUAGCCUCUGGGUGGCACUUUGAAUUGCAUUUUUUGUAUGAAAAGUGCCACACAAACAAAUUUGAAUUUGAAUUUGGACUUUAACGCUGCACUGUCCUUGCUCAAAUCUCUGCAGCUGACAGUCGCUCUCAGGUUCAUCGGGCUCGAGUGGAAGCAGGCGAAUGGAAAUAUAAAUUUGGUUAUGACAUCAUGGCGGACGUGUUGUGUCGCAGGUUGGCGGAUAUCUCCCAGGUGUACACGCAAAACGCAGAAAUGAGGCCUCUGGGCUGCUGUGAGUACGAGCUUUUGAACUCUGUCUCGUUGUUAUGUCUUUCUACUCACUUUACAUUAAAACAACUCACCCUUUCUUUCAUAGUUGGGAAAACACUUUUUUAGUCCGCUAGGUGGUGCUCUUAGUCUAUCUUUCUGCUUCACCUUCUCAGUUUGAACUAAUGGAAAUGAAUAGAGGGAACAUAUCAAAAAAAUCUACUUUCUAGUAUUGAUGCAGAUAUAUUUAGGCAGCAGGGGGAUCUUUACUCUACUUCUGACCCACAAACUGUGACUCAGUCCUAUUUUAUAUUCUGUCUGUGUUUGAAACAAAAUCUGACCAGAGCACUGCACAAAUUUUACAUUUAAACCACAAGAAACUGUGUGAAAUGAUCAAAAAUGGCUUUAAUGUUAAUAAUAUGUUGAAAUUGAAGUGUUAUUAAAAUGUCAUUUUAAAGGCUUCAAAAAUAAAUUAAUUGCAAUUAAAUGCGCAAAAUUGAAUACAAUCUUGCAAUGUUAGUUUUGUGAAGUUAUUUUUUGUUUUUCCUCCUCUUAUUUUCCAACCUCCAAUGCUGCUUUUCAGACAAGUUUGCACAUCUCUUUUUUCCUGUUAUUUUCUGUUAUAAUUAAGAUGUAGCACACAUACACAGGUCCUAGCACAGUUGAUCACUUUAACAUUUAGGUUUUUAUCUUAUUCACUGUCAUAACUAUUUAUUUGUUGUCAUAGCUAUUUAUUUUGAUGAUACCUCUUGUGUAUCCUGUUGUAUCUGUUGCUGCUGUGACAAUAUAAAUUUCCCCUUCGGGGGAUCAAUAAAGCUUUAUUCUGUGUUAUUCUAUUCUGUAAAUGUCCAGUUUUCAAGGUUACGUUUUCUUUCUUUUACGCUCCUUUAACUUCAGGUAUGAUGAUGGUGGCCAUAGACCCUCAGCAGGGUCCUGUCAUGUAUAAAUGUGACCCUGCAGGAUACUACUGCGGCUUCAGGGCCACAGCGGUUGGGGCCAAACAGACAGAGGCGAACACCUACCUGGAAAAGAAACUGAAGAAAAAGCCUGAACUGACUCAGGACAGGACAAUACAGGUCAGACAUGAGAUUAUUUAUUUAUCUUUGUGAUUAAUCCAAAAUUAUCUUUUUGAUUUAACAGACUACAUAACCCACUGGUCAAUCAGAAUAAUAAAAAACUGUUUUCCCAAAAUAUACAUUCAUCACAAAUAUGCUCACUGAGAUACAAGGGCUGAAUAUAAACGUAAGAAAAGAGAAAAUAAACUGAACUCUUAACUCGGCAUCCACAUGUCUUUCUUUCUAUAAACUUCUCUUAGAUCAUGAGAAUCAUCAUUUAUUCCUUCCUGUGGGUGACAAAGUAAAGAUCAUGAAUUCCUGAUAUCACUCAUCUCUCUGUCCAUUUUGCAGCUGGCGAUCACAUGUCUGUCCUCUGUCCUGUCCCUCGACUUUAAGGCCACUGACCUGGAGGUCGGUGUGGUCACCAGAGAAAGUCCAAAGUUCAGGUAAUUGUAGGAGACCUGCUUUUCAGUAACUUAAAGAUCCUGUAGGGAGUUUUCAACCACUUACAAAACAGACUGAUAUUAACAUAGGUGCCUUUUUAUGACCCACAAAAGCAAACUAGACCAUCAGCAAAAACAUUCACAUUUUCAAUAAUGUGAUUUUUAAAUGCUGUAACCACUGUGAGGGAGGUGAGUGACCAGUGAUGCAAUUUGAAUCAAGAAAAACCUGUUUUUGUAUCAUAUGUCAUUAUAACAUUAUAACAGAGCAGGAAUACAUAGUAAGUCAAGAAACUCGACUUUAACAUGAAAAAGACACAAUAGAAGGGGAAUCACUUUGCCCACAGGGGGCGCCAAAUCAAUACAAACAGAGGGUUCCUCAUGAGAGCUCUAAAACCAACAUAUUUUCUUAUCUGUUAAAUAAUCUUGAGUUAUAUGGUGAAUUACGACAAAUUAUUGAUGUUAUGUUAUGGUUUAAUUCAGACAUAUUUAAAAAAUGAAACUAUAAUUUAAGUUUUAUUUAUUUGAGACGUAGCACACUGAUAUGCAUACUGUCAAUUCUUUCUUCCUCCAUUCCUGUAUUAUUUUUAAUUAUUUUCACUGUUACACUCUCAUCACCUCUUCUCCGUCUCUUCAGGACACUGUCAGAGGCAGAGAUUGAAGCUCACCUGGUCGCCAUAGCAGAGCGGGAGUAAAGGAGCCCUCUGAAACUUUCAGACCGUGAUUUCAAGUAUCAAAGUAUUUUAUUUGACUCUAGUUUGGCAGGUUUAACAUCACAAAGGCAAUAAAAGUCUUAAAUCUUUUAUACCUGUGUCCACACUUUUAACUGUAUCUGGUAGCUCUGGUUAGCCUCUUUAAAACAAUGGUCAUAAUAAAAUCAAAUGAAUAGGAGACAAUGUUUUUAUCUAAAACGAUGAAUUUAAGUGAUGAACUAACUUUCUAUGCAUAUUUGACAAAGUAAAUCAAAACAUCCUCAUAAAAACCUAAGUGUGUCACACAGAAAACUGAAGGUACCUGAGGACUUGGAGUAACUGUAGGAGUGAAACUACUCAUAAGGGGAAGUUAAAUUUAGACUGUCUGUGUCUGACCACUAGAUGGCAGUGUUGUGUCUGACUCUGCCCCCCUUUCAUAACAGAUUUCUGUCUCUGUUUGUUCUUUACUAUUUGAGGAAAACUAUUUUGACUCUUGUACAUACACACACUUCCGACUGUUCGGACGUUGCGUGUGUGUUUGUCAGACAGCCAAUCCUGGCCUGAUGUGUGUCUGUGUGUGCGUGUGUGUGAAUGUCUGUGCAUGUGUGUGUUGUGUCACUCCUGAUUUUCCACUGACCCUCAGACCUGAGGAGACCGGUCUCUGUCUUUAUCAAUCACUGAAUGCUGCCUGAGCGAAUGAGAUCAAGCCUAUAUUGACACGUAAACAUGAACACACACAGGACAGCAGAGUCUGACGGCUUUUGCUUUAUUUUGAAUGUGAUGAUACAUGUUGAAGAAAAAGGUGACACUUCAAUAUGACAUUUGAUGAAAGACAUGAAAACAUUUCUUGUAUUCUUUCUUACAUGCAAAACAGUGAGUGACGGAUGGUUUGAUUAAUUGUUAAAUUAUCAAAGUCUUUCCUUGUUUUUCACUCACACUGUUUACAUGGGAUUCCCUUUUUGUAGAGCAAGGUGUAAUUCUGUGGGUUUGGGGUUCAAGUUGCAGACAGGAAAUGAUGAUCAAAAGUAAGAAUGAGGUAUAAUAAAUAUAGGUUACUUGCCUG